GGAGUUAAAAAUCUGUUUGACUUAUGGAAAAAAAAACUGCCCGUCUGUGAAUGUUCUCAUAUGAUAUAUACCUUGUGAGCCAGUGGCUGAGCAACUGUACACACUCGGAGCCCGGAGUCUGCUGUUAAUGAGCAGAGCCUUAAUCACAACCAUAUGCCGAUCGGUCCAGCACUCGCCUGUUAAAGCCGUCUGACUGUAUCAGAAGUGAUGGUGGCUGGAGGCUUUCUGAGCCAGUUGCUGUUGCUGGUUGUGUUGAGGCCGUGGGGUGUAGCUGUGCCGAGUGAGGGGGGUCCCCAACGCUGUGUGCGCUGCUGUGACCCCUACCCAGGGCCCCCCUCUGCAGCCUCCAGCCCCCCACCCAGCCCGGCCGUGGGCACCUACCCCGCUUACCCCCGGCCACACAUCCACCCCCACAUCAACAUCACCAUCCUGAAAGGAGAGAAGGGAGACCGCGGCGAGCGGGGGAGCUACGGGAAGCUGGGGAAGGCGGGGGCGGUGGGGUUGCGAGGCCCCCCAGGGCUGAAGGGGAGCAGGGGGCAGGUGGGGGCCACGGGCAGCCCCUGCAAACAGCAGCACUCGGCGUUCUCGGUGGGCCGCAGGAAGGGGCUGCACAGCAGCGACUAUUACCGGGCUCUCGUCUUCGACACCGUCUUCGUCAACCUGCGCCAGGACUUCAACAUGUUCAAGGGCCGUUUCUACUGCUCGGUGCCCGGGGUCUACUUCUUCAACCUGAACGUCCACACCUGGAACUUCAAGGAGACGUACCUGCACCUGAUGAGGAACGAGCAGGAGGUGGCCAUCUGUUACGCGCAGCCCAGCGAGCGCAGCGUCAUGCAGAGCCAGAGCGUCAUGUUGGCCCUGGCCCCGGGGGACCAGGUCUGGGUCCGUCUGUACAAGCGCGAGCGAGAGAACGCCGUGUACAGCGACGACGUGGACACUUACAUCACCUUCAACGGUUACCUGGUCAAGGCCGACGAUGACUGA